CUCAAAUGACGUGGUUUUUAAAGUGUCUUACUUGAUUUCUUAGCCAAAUACAUCAAAUAAGUGUAUUAAACACUUGGUUUUUAUUUUGGAGAACUUUGAAUUUUUCGGUCGGGUUUCGCAUCGGUUGGCUAGGCCGUGGUUAAGGCAAAAACCAUGGGUUCUUGACUAACCACCCACCCAGCGAUGGGAAGAUCUUCCCAUCGAUGGAGCCUAACUCGCGUCCAAACUUAACCGUUUGAGAGUAAAGCGAUCAUGGGUUCUUCUUCUAGAAAUCUUUAUGCAGGAAUUGGAGAAGGUCAAUCAACCUCGAGGCCACCGCUCUUUGAUGGCACCAACUACACAUAUUGGAAAGAGCGGAUAAGAAUUUAUAUCCGCUCAACCAACUUUCAGUUGUGGUUGGUCAUCAAGAAUGGCGAGGAAACUCCUAUGAAGAAGGUCGAUGAAAAACUCGUCUCAAAGACCGAGGACGAAUUUGAUGCCGAAGACAUCAAAAAGGUGGAGAACUACGCCAAGGCUAUCAAUAUGCUGUACUGUGCCGUCAAUCCUGAUGAUUAUCGUAAGAUUUCUUGCUGCACCACUGCCAAAGAAAUGUGGGACAAGCUAGAGGUCACAUAUGAAGGUACGGACCAAGUUCGGGAAGCCAAAAUUGACUUCCUAACGCAGGAGUACGAGAUGUUCAGGAUGAAGGAAGGAGAAAAGAUCGAUGACAUGUUCGAUCGGUUUUCAAAAAUCAUCAACGACCUUCACGCUCUCAAGAAGACGUACACCAACAGGGAUCUCGUGAGGAAAAUCCUGCGAAGCCUCACACCCGAAUGGAGAUCAAAGGCAGACGCAAUCUAUGAAUCCAUCGGAGUCUCAAAUGUCACCAUCGACGGGCUAAGAGGAAAAUCCAGGAGCAAGGCCUCCAAGAAGAAGACCGCCGCCGAGGCUACAAGCUCUGCACCUCAACCCUUCCCGUACCUGGACGGAUCCUUCUUGGAGUUCGGGUCGGAAGAGGAACUCUCUCGCUUCAUCACCUAUUUCGCCAAGCGCCCCAUCUCUCCGCCAAGGGUGCUACCCGAGCCAUACCCUCAACAGAAGGGUUACUACGACCUUGACAAUCAACUCAAGGAGUCGGGUCUGUGGCCCUCGUUUUCGUACUAAAGCCGUGUUUGUUAUUUAUGACAGGUUUUGAUAAUGCCAAACCGCUGUGAUCAAGUCAAACUUUGAAUAUACAAGGCGAAUAAGG